AUGGCAUACGGCGCCAUCGGAGGCACCCCAGGAAGAGCACUGGGGCCCAUUAAACCGAAACAAGGGGAAUUCUUCGACAGGGAGGAGCUGCCCGCCAGGUUCCGGCGAAAGGCUUGGUCAGAAGAGGAGAUUGAGGCGGCACAGGCACAAUCCACCAGACAACUGGGAAUGACAGCAUCCGCCACCACCACCACCGAUACCGCUAACGCCGCCUCCGCCGUCAAGCUGACGGUCGAGCUUAGCUAUAUCCCUACAGAGGACCGAGCAGCAUGGGGAGGUGGAGGAGAAAAGCGAAGGAAGGAAGGUAGUCGGUUCCAAGCAGCGGUGAAUCAAGCAGGAGAGAACAGAACAGAACAGGUCCCGGGGGAUGUGGAAGAGGAGGAGGAGGAAGAAGAAGAGGAAGAGGAAGAAGAAGAGGAAGAGGAAGAAGAAGAGGAAGAGGAAGAAGAAGAGGAAGAGGAAGAGGAAGAGGAAGAAGAAGAAGAAGAGGAAGAGGAAGAAGAAGAGGAAGAGGAAGAAGAAGAGGAAGAGGAAGAAGAAGAGGAAGAGGAAGAAGAAGAGGAAGAGGAAGAAGAAGAAGAAGAAGAAGAAGAAGAAGAAGAAGAAGAAGAAAUCUAG